ACGCUCACCCCUGGCUGCACGGCCCUCGCGCUCGCGACGGAGGCAUACAAUGUCCAAGCAGGCGACUUUGUCCUCGUGCACACCGUCGCGGGCAGUGUCGGGCUCUUCUUCGCACAGCUGAUCAAGUCGCGCGGGGGAAUCGUUAUCGGCACGACGAGCACCCCUGAGAAGGCGGCAAUUGCGAAAGCCAAUGGGGCGGACCACGUGAUCAUAUACAAGACCGAGAACGUCGCGCAGCGCGUGCUCGAGAUCACUGGCGGGCUGGGCGUGCACGCGAUCUUCGAUGGGGUCGGGAAGGACACGUUCGCCUCGGGCCUCGUCGAGCCCUUUGCGCCUCAUAUCACCGCGAUGAAGGCGGCCAAGUACGUCUUCGCAUCGGCCGCCGCGUACUUUGCGGAUAGGAAGGCUGGUCGGGAGUACGUGGCGGAGGUCUUCCGGCUCGUCACGAACGGGGUAUUCAAGCCGGUCGUACACAAGGAGUAUCCGCUCAGCGCGGAAGGUGUUCGCGAGGCAGAGAGAGAGCUUUGGGAGGGGAAGACGGCUGGGAAGUGUCUGGUCAAGGUUGCUGCCGAGUAG